CUCUCACCUCCAAAUUCCAAAAACAAACAAAAACAAAAGUUAUGUCUCCAUCAAGUAUUACUCCUUCAAGAUGGUGUCCAACACCAGAACAAGUGAUGAUUUUGGAAGAGAUUUAUAGAAAUGGGCUUAAAACUCCUAAUGCCACUCAAAUUCAACAUAUUACUUCUCAUCUUUCUUUCUAUGGUAAAAUUGAAGGCAAAAAUGUUUUCUAUUGGUUCCAAAAUCACAAGGCUAGAGAUCGCCAAAAGCUUAGGAGGAAACUCUAUAAGCAGCUUCAACAACAUCAUUUCUUUAUGAAACGACAACGUUUUGACGACGAUCAUGAUCAUCAUCACUUCUUUCAAUAUUUCCUUCCUCACCAUGAUCCCCAACUACUCCCACAGCUUCCUUCUCCCUCUUCUCUUCAGAGAGAGCUGGGAGAAGAGGAGGCAGCGACGGAGGUGGAGGGUGGUGGAGGGAGGAGGUGGUUGGGCGGGGAUGACGGAACGACGGUGGCGGAGGAAGAUGGAGAAACGACAUGUGGUAAUGGGAGUUUAAGGACGUUGGAGUUGUUUCCGGUGAGAGGGAGUUGGGUGAAGGAGGAAGAAGGGACGAGUGGAAACGGUGGAUGGGGAAAUUAAUGGAAAUUAAAUUAAAAAAGAAUAAGAAAAAAGAAAAUAUUCAAGGGAAAAAUAGGGUAGGGUCAGGCGUAGGGUAAGUAGUAGUUAGGGUUUUAAAAUUGGGUGUGUCAUAAUAAUUGUUAUUGUAAAAAUUUAGAAGGAGAAAAAUCUGAUUUGCAGUUUCACCU